UAUUAGUAAGUAUCAAAGAAGCCAUGCGUAGAAAAAGGUAUUUUAAUCAUGGCUGAAUUUGGUAUAACCUUUUUAAUAUUAAUACGUACAUCCUUCUAAAAUUGAUUGAAGUGGUAAAUGGUAUGACAUGGACACUCCCGCACGCCCUCCACCUCCGCGCCCUCCUCCGCCGCUGCGCCCGCACCUCCUCCCUCCGCCCCGCCACCCAGCUCCACGCCGCCGCCCUCGUCUCUGGCCUCCUGCCACCCACCUCCUCCGACCCCCACUUUCUCCUCAACGCCCUCUUCCACCUCUACUCUCUCUCCUCCCUCUCCCACGCCAUCCACCUCUUCCAUCAAAUCCCCAACUCCCAAAAAGACUCCGUCGACUACACUGCCCUCGUCUCUGCCACUAACCCCAACCAUGCCCUUCGCCUUUUCUCCGAAAUGCGCUCCCUCCCCCUCCCCCUUGACCCCGUCUCUAUACUCUGCGUCCUCACCGUCUCCGUACUCUGCGUCCUCACUAAGUGCUCCCAUCUCGGCUGCGUCAAAACGGGCUCGCAGCUUCAUGCACUUGUGGUGAAGCUUGGGGUUUCUGGGUGUGUUAGAGUCUGCAAUGCUUUGAUGGAUGUUUAUGUGAAGUGUGGGCUUGUGGGUGGGGUUAGAAGAGUUUUCGAGGAUAUGGGGUUGAAGACUGUGGUGUCUUGGACUGUGGUCUUGGAAGGUGUGGUGAAAGGGGAGGGUUUGGAGAAUGGGCGGAAGGUGUUCGAUGAAAUGCCAGAGAGGAAUGAGGUUGCUUGGACUGUGAUGAUUGUGGGGUAUGUUGAGAAUGGGAUGACUAGGGAGGCUUUUGAGCUUUUGAGGGAGAUGAUUUUUGGGUGUGGGUUUGUGUUGAAUGAUGUGAGUCUUUGUUCGAUUCUUUCGGCUUGUUCGCGGUCCAGGGAUGUGAGCUUGGGGAGGUGGGUUCAUGGGUAUGCUGUGAAGGAAAUUGGGUGGGAUGUGGGUGUCAUGGUGGGGACUGGGUUGGUUGACAUGUAUGCAAAGUGUGGGAGGAUUGGCGCUGCCUUGGUUGUGUUCAGGAACAUGCCAAGGAGAAAUGUAGUGGCGUGGAAUGCCAUGAUUGGUGGGUUGGCCAUGCAUGGGAAGGGAAAGGAUGUGGUGGAUAUGUUUGAUUCCAUGAUUGGAGAAGGAGUGAGCCCUGAUGCUUUGACUUUCUUGGCCUUGUUGAGUGCUUGCAGUCAUUCGGGUAUGGUUGAUCUCGGUUGGAAGUACUUCAAUGAGCUUGAGUCCAUUCAUGGGAUAAAUCCGGAAAUGGAGCAUUAUGCUUGCAUGGUGGACCUCCUUGGUCGAGCUGGACGAUUGGAAAAAGCCGAAGCUUUUAUUAAAAGCAUGCCAUUUGCUCCAAAUGAAGUUGUUCUGGGGUCUCUUUUUGGCUCUUGUUACACACAUGGGAAGGUGAAGCUUGGGGAACGGAUUAUGAGAGAGUUGGUUCAGAUGGAUCCACAUAACACUGAGUAUCAUGUCUUGCUUUCCAACAUGUAUGCCUUGUCUGGGAAAGAGGAAAAGGCAAAUUUCUUCAGGAAGGUUCUUAAGAAAAGGGGUAUCAAAAAGGUGCCAGGAACGAGCUCAGUGUAUGUUGGUGGCCAGCUUCAUCAGUUCAUCGCCGGUGAUAAGUCUCACCCGCAAACUGCAGGGAUUUACAUGAUGCUAGAUGACAUGAUUCGCCUGAGGUUGGGUGGCUAUGUUCCCAAUACAAGUUCUCAGGUUUUGUUUGGUUGUUCCACCAGGGAUGAUUGCACUGAGGCAUUGGAGGAGGUAGAACAAGUGUUGUUCACUCAUAGUGAGAAGCUUGCACUUGCUUUUGGCCUAACAAGCACUCCAUCAGGUUCUCCAAUACACAUUUUCAAGAACCUAAGGAUUUGCCAAGACUGUCAUUCUGCUAUGAAGAUUGCAUCUUAUGUAUACAACCGCGAAAUUGUGGUCCGAGAUCGAUAUCGGUUUCAUAGUUUCAAGCAAGGUUCUUGUUCUUGCUCUGACUGUUGGUGAAUUCAGCGGGGAUGGGAGCUUGGUAGGAUUGUUGGGGAAGGGCUAAAGGUUUUGUUGCCAAUUCUUUUUACAGUAGAUUGUCUGCUACUGAGUUUUUCUUCCACACAAUGGGAGGGCGUGAAGGGCUUGUUGAUACAGCGGUAGGGUGCAUAUUUUGAAUAUACUAUGCAUAUUGCAUAAUAUAUAAUCAAUCAGAGCUGGUUUCAGUUAAAUCAGCAGUUACUAUUAUUAUUAUUAUUUUUUUAUUAAAAUCAGAAGCUAAUUGACAACCAGGAGCUGGUUUGUUAAGAUAAUGUAAGCAGCCGCUGGUACAUAUAUUAUGACCUUCAAAUUGUAUUAUAUAAGGAUAAAUUAUUUAUUUUUGUACUCAGUCCUCCCAAUCAUCCAUCUAGUUAUUGACAAAAAGUCUCAGGACAAGCAAAUAUAUAAAAACCUAACCAUCAUUCAGCCAGCAAGUAUUUUUAUACCAUCGUAAUACGGAAAGCCUCACGAGUGUUGUUGAAAAGAUAUGAUAUGAAAACACAAACGAAUCUCUCUCACGCUCCUCUCCAAGGCAUUAGGCGGAUAUCUCAGCUUCUAGCCUCUUCGGCGAGGGUUAACAUGGUUCUGCACUCGCAGUUCCGUUGACAAAGGUUAUGAAGCUUCACCUCUUCAAGAUCGCGGCUCCUCUACUUGACUUGUCUGAUUUUCAAAUCGUCGGUGCCGCUGUGUUUUGCACUCUUCCAAGAGGAGAAUGAAGGUCUCGAUUAAUGGAGGAUGUAACGCUCUCACCGGUUGUUGACUUUCUUACUCUUGCAUAGAAAUUCUCUUCUCUGUCGCUCAUUCAUUCUCAGCUGCAGAACAACUCAGAAUUUCACUCUCUCGCUCCAUGUCAAUGGUGGAAUCAGUUUUAGAAGAACAGAAUAUUGAAGUAAGCAGUUUCUCCCUCUUCUAAUUUCAUGAUUUUUGUAAUGGCUUUCAUAUUGCAUAAAUGAAUACAAUGAUGAUUAUGAAUAUUUUAGCUU